AUGCUGCGGGCCCGGACUCUUCUAGGACCGGCGGUGGCGGCUGGCGACGGCCGCCUGGGCGCGCCCCAUCAGCCCCGCCUCGCGCUCUCCCUUUCUGGACGCCGGCUGCUGGGGCGCGGGGCCGCGAGCUCCGAGACGCGCCUAACUUGGAGAGCGAGUCUCCCGGCCGGCGCGGCGCGCGCUACUUCUCUGGGCUCUCCGACCCGACCAGGGCUGGGAGGACCGCGAGCGCGGCGGAGGGAGCGAGGGAGAGAAGUUAGAGCUUCCGCCGGGUCCCCCGCACCCCAGCGCCCGCCGCGUUCAGUCCUCCUACGGGUAGGAUGUGCUAGCCGCGGCACGGGCAGCGCGGCAGGCGCCGGGGCCGGACACUCCGCAGUGGCAGCUUGGGGAGGAGAGGAUGGCCCGAGAGUGAUGAAGAGAAGCGCCAGAGGGAGCCAGCCGGGAAAAAGUCCGAGGGCUGCUGGAGCAUCGGUCCUGGGCAAGCCUUCUCCACCCUGCACACUUUCAGCAGUGGUGAAGGCGAACAGCUCGAGGUGGCCGACCCGACAGCGACCCUCUGGCGUUGCCACGUUGCGGUGCCGGCUGGAGACGGCAAGUGAGGGAGAAGUGUGCGUCCAACCAUCCACUUCAGAUUUGGUUCAGUAAUGAAAAGCUUCCUUGGAAUGACAAGAAUCCACAAUAUUCCAUUUAACCUUUGAAUGGCUUGGAUUGUAUAGAUUCUUUUUCUUGGAGUUUAACCUAAACAGACAUACUACUGAAAGGGCUCUCUUGCCUGAGGGCCACAAAAAAAUGUUGGCCAUUUCUCCUUCAUGGUUCAAUUUCAGCUUUUAUGGUAAAAGUAUAUCGUCUUCAGCUUACACUGAAUGAACUCUUGCAUCGCAUACUUUGGUCACAUGCACAGUCAUUGAGGAAUAAUCACCACAAUGAAUACAAAUGACGGAUGCAUUCAUUCAGCACACCACCUAAACCCAGGAAUAAAUUUUAUCCUCUUCUCAUGUUCAUUACAUUCCUGUUAUAAAUGAGGGUUUUAAAUAAAUUCCAAGAAGCAAAACAUACUCUGUCUUUACUCGGUUACAGACUCCAAAUUAAGCAGAUCCAAAUUAAUUGGGUUAUGAUACAUACCAGAAAGCCUUUUCCUUUCAUGUUGAAAGGCUUAUAGAAUCUCCCUUCAGUUCCUCUUGAAAUGAGAGUGCACUAAAUAUUUUCUUUACAUUUCUGAGCAUUUCACUUUCAAAUAAUCAUUUAUUCCUUUAAUCUGAUAUAGGAAAGUAAUGAAUAUUGAUUUGUUUUUAGAAGCACUAACAUCCAAGUAGGUAAACUUA